AUGCCGAAGUUGUGCCGGAACGACAUUAAAUGUCCUUUCUUUGGUAAUCCUAAACACUUUAGUCCGCGUUGCCUUCCCACUAAAUCUGAUGUUGUUCUUGCCUGUUUACAAGUUAGGUACGAAAAUGCCUUGACCACAAACUCAAACAAUAUAAAGAAUGUAAGCUUUUCUUUGGUGGCUAACGAAGUUGCAGCACAAGUUCAGGCUUUGUACGCAAAGUCUUCACUUCCAACUGUUUCUCGCAACAGAGUAGUCAAGCAAAUCCAUGACUUACAUGACAAAUACUACAAAUUUCGUAAGUCUUUUAACAGAGACAAAGAAAAGGGCAGAACAGAGCCUUAUACAAAGUUUAUAUCUGACUCCAAGACACAGUUAUUUGACAUUACCUCCUGCAAAUGCACAAUAACAUUUACUUGCACUUGCAACAGCCUCAACUUUGCCAAAUGCAAGUGUCCAAACCCUUUUCACAUGGCUUGCAACUGUCCUGCAGACAUGAAAGUUCCUGUACUUGAGAGAAAAUUUUUAUUUGAUCAAAGACAUUACAGAAUAAUGCAAAUACAAGGAGUUGAUGUAAAGGAAUCUGAAAAACUUUUAAAGCGAUUAGCUAGACAACAAAUGGAAGAGAAAAAGAUUGCUCGUUGUUGUUCUUCAUCCAAAGUGUCCUCCCCAACUGCAGAUUGUGAUGGCCACGAAUCUGAAAUAGAAAUUAAGAAGGAAAAUGCAAAAAAAGAUGAUGAGUUUACCGCACCAAAAAGAAGCAGGAACUUACCUUCUACAUCUACAUCGCAGCAAAUGCGACUCGAUCUUACAAACACUGCUGUCGUUAGUGAUCGAUACGGAAUUUCACAUAGAGCUACUGCAGCUUUGGUUUCCAGCUUGCUAUUAGACAUAGGAAUGGUAUCUGAAACAGACAAUACACUGGUUGUAGACAAGAGUAAAGUUCAACGGUCAAAACUACGAGCACGUACUUCUCUACAAGCUAAACAAAUGAGCAGAAGUGGAGAUACGCUUCAGGGUUUGUAUUUUGACGGGCGAACAGAUGAAACAGUGGUCAUUGAGGUCGUAAAUGAUAAGCGCUAUAGGAGAGUUGUCAAAGAAGAUCACAUCUCUGUGGUACAAGAGCCUGGCUCAAAAUAUCUGACUCAUGUGGUACCUACGUCUAAAAAAGCAGACGGCAUUGCUAACAGUAUUAUAUCUUAUUUACAUGCAAAGGGUAUUGACAUUUCUAACAUCAAAGUCAUCGGAUGCGAUGGUACAAACACUAACACAGGAUGGAAAGGAGGUGCUAUAAGAUUUAUGGAGCUCGCUUUUAAAAAGCCUGUUCAGUGGGCGGUCUGUUUGCUACACUUCAAUGAACUACCCUUGAGGCAUUUGUUCAUUUCUUUGGAUGGGAAAACAAGUAGCCCACAUACUUACUCUGGUCAUCUUGGAAAACAGAUACAGGGCUCACUACAUUCCAAACCUGUGGUUGAUUUCCAAAUAAUAGAAUGCUCUCUCCCUGAAUUGAAUAAAGAUAUUCUAAGUUCAGAUCAAAAGUAUCUCUACGAAAUCUCUCUUGCCAUCAGUUCUGGUGUGUUUCCUCCGGAUUUAUCUCUGCGUGAUCCUGGUCCCCUAAAUCAUUCCAGAUGGUUGACUGCAGCACACCGUAUCCUCAGACUCUAUGUGUCCUGCAAAAAACCGUCAGCCUCUCUUAUCCAUCUGACUACCUACAUACUAAGAGUAUACUCACCGUUAUGGUUUGCCAUAAAAACCAAGCCUUCAAUACUUGAUGGACCCAAACACGUAUUUCAAUGCAUAGUCUCUUCUAGGUACUUACCACAAACGCUCAGGAAAACGGUUGAUACUGUCAUUCAGCACAAUGCUUUCUUUGCUCACCCAGAGAACCUGCUACUUGCAAUGCUUGUUGAUGAAGACCCAAUAAUCAAAGCACUUGCAUUAAGGCGAAUCCUAAAAGCAAAAAAAAACGGACAAGCAGAAAACAAUCAGACAUUUUAUACUUCCUAA